UUUUAUACUCUGUUUUAAUCUUUACAUUGCAUUUUUUCUCUCUCUAUUUUCUUUCAGAAUAACUUCAUAGAAUGUUGCUGAGAGAUUUGGCAUCACUAGAGAAGCACAGGACCACUUUGCUCUCAGUUCCCAACAAAAGUAGGUGUUACUAUGAUGUUUAUGGAUAGUAUAUACAUUCUAGUUGUUGGUAUUUAGCACUCAAAGUACUAAUUAUUUGAGGACUUUUAUAACACUAGGGCAGCCAUGGCACAGAAAAAAGGCUUGUUUGAUCAAUAAAUCACACCGGUCACUACUAAAUUUGUGGAUGAAAAUGGCACUGAGCGCACUAUUACUGUCACAAAGGAUGAUGGGAUCUGGCCUGGGACUACCUUUGAAGGCCUGGCCAAACUGCGACCAGCGUUCAAAGAAACUGGCAGCAUCACAGAAACGUAAUUUGGUCGUUAAAUUCCAGAAGUCAAAUCUUUCUUUCCCAUUGCAGGUAAUGCCAGUCAGGUGAGUGAUGGUGCAGCAGCACUGCUAAUUGGCUGGAGAUCUACAGCGGAGAAACUGGAACUUCCUGUUUUUGGGGUGCUGAGGGCGAGCGCUGUUGUGGGUGUUCCACCAGACGUAAUGGGCAUUGGCCCAGCCUAUGCAAUCCCAGAAGCCCUAAACCAAGCUGGGCUGACUGUGGAUGAUAUUGAUGUGUUUGAGAUCAACGAAGCAUUCACCAGUCAGGCUGUGUAUUGUGUGGAAAAAAUGGGCAUUCCUAUGGAGAAUGUGAAUCCUAAUGGAGGAGCCAUUGCUCUUGGUCAUCCUCUGGGCUACACUGGUGCUGGACAGGUCGUGACUUUGCUCAAUGAACUCAAACGCAGACGUAAGAGAGGGUAUGGCGUGGUGUCCAUGUGCAUUGGGACUGGAAUGGGAGCGGCUGCAGUUUUUGAGUAUCCUGGCCAGUGA